AUGAACAAUUCUAUUCCUCUUUCUUCCGUUCCCCAAUUAACCAAAGAAAAUUAUGGCAAAUGGAGUAUCCAAAUGAAGGCUCUUCUUGGAUCUCUAGAAGUUUGGGAGAUUGUUGAAAAAGGUUAUAAUGAAGUUGAGGCUGAAGAGGAGGAAGGAUUAGCACAAGUUCAAAAAGAGAGUCUAAGAAAAUCAAGGAAAAAAAUCAGCAAGCCUUAUUUUGGAUAUAUCAAGGAGUUCAAUCAUAUGAAGCGCUUGGGAAAAAUAGCUUGUGCCACCACGGCAAAACAAGCAUGGGAAUUUUUACAAAAUUCAUUCAAAGGAGAUGAAAAGGUGAAAAGAGUUCGGUUGCAAACUCUUCGAGGGGAGUUUGAAAGCUUGCAAAAAACAGAGUCAGAAUCAGUUUCUGAUUACUAUUCACGGGUUUUGUCCAUAGUCAACCAAUUAAAAAGAAAUGGUGAAACUAUGGAUGAUAUUCGUGGUGUUGAGAAAAUCCUCCGUUCUUUAGAUUCCAGAUUUGACUACAUUGUGGUAGCCAUUGAAGAAUCAAAGGACUUGAGUACCAUGACUAUUGAUGAACUCACAGGUUCAUUGCAAGCCCAUGAAGAAAGAUUAAACAAGAAGAAAAAGGAAGUAGAUCUAGAUCAAGCACUCCAGUCAAAGUUGUCUCUGAAUGAGAAGAAGGGAGAUUUUAAAAAUUAA